AUGAACAGCCACGCCUGUCCUCUUGACAUCCUGGUCACCAACGGUGCUGAGCAAGCCUGCACCCCCAAAACCAUGAAAGCCGUGCUCGGAGCCAGUACGCCCUCCGGGCCUGAGGCCAAGGCCAGGAACAUUGCUGGGGUGUAUGUGGAGGCCUCGGGCCAGAUCCAGGGUUUCUACAGUGCCAUGAAGCAGGGGCUCUUACCUUCUGGGCUUGGGCUAGCUCUGCUGGAGGCCCAGGCAGCAACUGGGGGCCUGGUGGACCCUUCCCAGGGCCAACUGCUCCCCGUGUCUGAGGCCCUGAGGCAGGGCCUGGUGGGACUGGAACUGAAGGAGAAGCUGCUGGCUGCCGAGCGUGCAGUCACUGGCUACACUGAUCCCUACGGAGGCAGGAAGCUGGCCCUCUUUCAGGCAAUCGGGAAGGAGGUUGUGGAUAGGGCCCUGGGGUGGAGCUGGCUGGAGGCCCAGCUGGCCACCGGGGGCCUGGUGGACCCCACCCAGGGCGUGCGGGUGGCCCCCGAGGCAGCCUGCCAACAGGGCCUCCUGGACCAGGAGACAUGGCACAGCCUGUUGGAGCUUGAGCCCAGCAUGGGCACCCCGGGCUUCCUCGACCCCAACACGCUGGAGCGACUGUCAUACAGUGAGCUGCUGGGCAGGUGUGUGCAGGUCCCCGGCUCAGCACUGGCCCUGCUGCCCCUGAAGACCACCUUCCACACCCUGAGUGGGGCAGUGAGUGCCACCGAGCUGCUGGAGGCAGGGGUCCUGGAUGAGGAGACUGCCAGGGGCCUGCAGGAGGGCAGACUGACGGUGGCAGGGGUGAGCGCACGCGCUGAGGUGCGGCGCUACCUGGAGGGUACUGGUGGAAUGGCCGGGGUCGUUCUGCUGCCUGGAGGCCACAAGAAAAGUUUCUCCCAGGCUGUCACUGAGCACCUGCUCCCGUUGGGCGCCGUGCUCCCGCUCCUGGAGGCUCAGGCCGCCACCCGCACACUGGUGGACCUAGCCACAGGCAGGCGGCUGUGGGUGGACGAGGCAGUCAGGGCAGGCCUAGUUAGCCCGGAGCUCCACCAGCAGCUCCUGGUGGCAGAGCAGGCGGUGACAGGGUACCAGGACCCCUUCAGCAGCUCCCGCAUCCCCCUCUUCCAGGCCAUGCAGAAGGAGCUGGUGGACAGGCUACUGGCGCUGCGGCUCCUGGACGCCCAGCUGGCCACAGGCGGUCUGGUCUGCCCGGCCCGCAGACUCCGGUUGCCCCUGGAGGCUGCUCUGCGCUUUGGCUGCCUGGACAAAGAGACACAGCAGUGUCUCUCACAGGUCACUGGCUUUUCUGACCCCAGCACACAUGACAGCCUCCACUACGGGCAGCUGCUGGCCCGCUGUGUCACUGACCCAGAGACAGGGCUUGCCUUCGUGCCCCUGUCAGGGGGUCCCCAUGCAGAGGAGCCCCAGGGGCCCCUAUUCAUUGAACACUAUACUCAGCAGACCUUGGGUAUGACCAUGACCACGGUCUCUAUGGGGAAGUUCCAGGGCCGGCCUGUGUCCCUCUGGGAGCUGCUCUUCUCUGAGGAGGUCCCCAUGGAGCAGAGGGUGGCGCUAACCCAGUGGCACCAGGAAGGGACCCUCUCGGUGGAUGAGUUGGCCACUGAGCUGAAGGCUAUCAUCGAGCAGGCUGCAGCCACUGCCAGGGUCACCUUUGCUGGGCUGAGGGACACGGUUACACCAGGAGAACUACUGAAUGCUGAGAUCAUUGACCGGGACCUGUACGAGCAGCUGGAGCAGGGGCAGACCACGGCCCAGGAUGUGGGCAGCCUGGCCUCGGUGCGGAGGUACCUGCAGGGCACGGGCUGUAUUGCCGGCCUGCUGCUGCCUGGCUCCCAGGAGCGGCUCAGCAUCUAUGAGGCCCGCAGGAAGGGGCUCCUCAGGCCUGGCACGGCCCUCAUCCUCCUCGAGGCACAGGCAGCCACUGGCUUCAUCACUGACCCAAAAGAAAACAAAAGGUACUCCGUGGAGGAGGCGUUGCGGGCCGGUGUCAUUGGGCCUGACAUGCAUGGGAAGUUGCUGUCGGCCGAGCGCGCCGUCACCGGCUACACCGACCCCUACACCGGGGAGCGGAUCUCCCUCUUCCAGGCCAUGCAGAAAGGUCUCAUCAUCCGGGAGCACGGCAUCCGCCUGCUGGAGGCCCAGAUUGCCACCGGUGGCAUCAUCGACCCUGUGCACAGCCACCGCCUGCCCGUGGAUGUGGCCUACCAGCGCGGCUACUUCGACCAGAUGCUGAACUUGAUCCUGUUGGACCCCAGCGACGACACCAAAGGCUUCUUUGACCCCAACACGCAUGAGAACCUCACCUACCUGCAGCUGCUGGAGCGCUGCGUGCGCGACCCUGAGACAGGCCUGUACCUCCUGCCGCUCAGCAGCACACAGCCCCAGCUGGUGGACAGCGCCACCCGGCAGGCCUUCCAGAACCUGCUGCUGUCCGUGAGGUAUGGGCGGUUCCGGGGGCAGAGGGUUUCUGCGUGGGAGCUGAUCAACUCGGAAUACUUGAGUGAGGACCGGCGGCGGCAGCUGCUGCAGAGCUACCGGCUACGCAAAGUCACACUGGAACAGGUCUCGCAGCUGCUGGAGAGAGAGAUGAGGAGGUGGGCGGAUGUCACGCUGCCUGCGCUCAGGGGCCGGGUCACAGCCUACCAGCUUCUGGAGGCCCACAUCAUCGACCAGGAGCUCCUGGACCGAGUCCUGGCGGGGGUGGUCAGCCCCGAGGCCCUCCUCUGCAUGGACAGUGUCCGCAGGUACCUGCGUGGCUCAGGAGCGGUGGGCGGCGUGCUGUUACAGCCCUCGAACCAGUGGCUCAGCCUCUAUCAGGCCAUGAAGCAGAAGCUGCUGGUGCCCAGCGUGGCCCUGGCCCUGCUGGAGGCUCAGGCGGCCACGGGAGCCAUUGUGGACCCCUGCAGUCUGGAGACCCUGUCGGUGGAUGAGGCUGUGCGCAGGGGUGUGGUGGGGCCAGAGCUGUAUGGCAGGUUGAAGUGGGCUGAGGAUGCCGUCACUGGCUUCAGAGACCCCUUCUCUGGGAAACGGGUGUCCCUGUUCCAGGCCAUGAAAAAAGGCCUCAUCCCCGCAGAGCAGGCCACCCGCCUCCUGGAGGCUCAGGUGGCCACGGGAGGGGUCAUUGACCCCAUGGGCCACCACCACCUCCCCAUGCUGGUGGCUGCCCAGCGUGGCUGCAUCGACCAGGAGAUGGAGACAGCUUUGUCCAGCAACACCAAGACCUUCCCCACGCCAGAUGGCCGGGGGCACACCUGCUAUGCCCAGUUUCUGGAGCAGUGUCUCAGGGAUGAGGCCUCUGGUCUUCACCUCCUGCCCCUGUCAGAAAGCACUCCUUCCAUCCCCACUGAUGAGCAGGUACAAGAGACCCUGCAGGCCAUGCCAGGGGCCAAGGACGGCACAUCACUGUGGGACCUGCUUGGCUCCUGCCACUUCACUGAGGAGCAGCGGAGGGGCUUCCUGGAGGAUGUCCGGGAGGGGAGGACCACCGUGCCACAGCUGCAGGAGGCGGUGCAGAGGAGGGUGCAGGGGGCAGAGCUCCUGGCUCGGGCCCACAUCACAGUGCCUGGCCCGCGGGGUGAAGUCCCUGCUGUCUGGCUGCUGGACAUGGGCAUCAUCACCCAGGAGACCCUGGCGGCGCUUGCUCAGGGCACACAGUUGCCCGCCAAGGUCGCUGAGGAGCCCACGGUGAAGGCCUGCCUAUGGGGCACGGGCUGUGUGGCUGGUGUGCUGCUGCAGCCCUCAGGAGCCAAGGCCAGCAUUGCCCAGGCCGUGAGGGACGGGCUGCUGCCUGCAGGCCUGGGCCAGAGGCUUCUGGAGGCCCAGGUGGCAUCUGGCUCCCUUGUUGACCCUCUGACCGGCCAGAGACUGUCGGUGGAGGGCGCAGUCAGGGCUGGCCUGGUGGGCAGGGAGCUGAGCGAGCAGCUGAGGCAGGCAGAGAGGGCCGUGGCUGGGUGCACAGACCCCUACUCAGGGGGCUCCCUCUCACUGUGGCAGGCCAUGGAGAAGGGGCUGGUGCCCCAGAGCGAAGGCUUCCCCCUCCUGCAGGUGCAGCUGGCCACGGGGGGUGUGGUGGACCCUGCCCAUGGGCUGCACCUGCCCCAGGCAGUGGCCUGCAGGCUUGGGCUCCUGGACGAGCGGACAGGCCAGGCACUGACUGCGAUACACGAAGACAACAAGUUCUUCUUCGACCCCAACUCACGGGACAAGGUGACAUACCAGCAGCUCAAGGAGCUCUGUGUGCUGGAUGCUGACACCGGCCUGUGGCUACUGCCUAUUCCCCAGGACUCUGCACCGAAGGUGGAUGACCACACCAUGGUGGCACUCAGGGCCAUGAAGGUGCCCGUCAGUAUGGGGCGGUUUCAAGGGCACAGUGUGUCACUCUGGGACCUGCUGCACUCCGAGUAUGUCAGUGCCAACAAGCGGCGGGAGCUGGUUGCACUCUGUCAGUCCGGAAGGGCCACUGCCCUGCGGCAAGUGGUCACUGUGGUCACCGCCCUGGUGGAGGCUGCAGAGAGGCAGCCCCCGCAAGCCACCUUCAGAGGGCUUCGGAAGCAGGUGUCAGCCAGGGACUUGUUCAGGUCCCAGCUUAUUGACAAGAAGACACUGGACGAGCUGAAUCAGGGGAAGAGGACUGUGGAAGAGGUGAGAGAGGUGGACAACGUGAAGCGGGCCCUGGAAGGAGGCAACUUCAUUGCUGGGGUCCUCAUCCAGGACACCAAGGAGAGGAUGAGUAUCCCAGAGGCCCUGAAAAGGCACAUCCUGCGGCCUGGCACCGCCCUGGUGCUGCUGGAGGCGCAGGCGGCCACUGGCUUCAUCAUCGAUCCUGUAGAGAACCAGAAGAUGACUGUGGAGCAGGCAUUUGAGGCAGGAAUGUUCGGCAAGGAAACCUACACGAAGCUGCUUUCGGCCGAGCGCGCCGUCACAGGAUACACCGACCCCUACACUGGGGAGCAGAUCUCCCUCUUCCAGGCCAUGCAGCGGGACCUCAUUGUCCGGGACCACGGCAUUCGCCUGCUGGAGGCCCAGAUCGCCACUGGCGGCAUCAUCGACCCCGUGCACAGCCAUCGCCUUCCUGUGGACGUGGCCUACCAGCGCGGCUACUUUGACGAGGACAUGAACCGCGUGCUGGCGGACCCCAGCGACGACACCAAGGGCUUCUUUGACCCCAACACACACGAGAACCUCACCUACUUGCAGCUGCUGGAGCGCUGCGUGCGUGACCCGGAGACAGGCCUGUACAUGCUACAAAUUGUAAAGAAAGGAGAAACCUACAGGUACAUUGACGAGGCCACAAGACAAGUGCUGAGGUCCAGAACUGUGAAACUGCACAUGGGGAGGUUUGCCAAUAGGACGGUCUCCCUGUGGGACCUGCUGUCCUCUGAGUACUUCACGCAGGAAAGGAUGCAAGAACUCAUCUGGGAGUUCAGAGCCCAGAAGGUGGACCUGGAGAAGUUGUUGGAGAACAUCACCAUGACAAUUGAAGACACAGAAAAGCGGAGCCAAGUCAUUACGGUGCCGGCCAUCAGGGGGAAUGUGACAGCUGCAGAGCUAUUCAACUCCGGAGUCAUUGACAGAAAGACCCUCGAUGCACUUCACAGGAGCCAGAGUGGAGGGAAGGACCUCAGCCGGCUGGAGCAUGUCAAGACCUACCUGGAAGGCAGCGGCUGCAUCGCAGGGGUGAUUGUGCCAUCCACCCAGGAGGUCAUGAGCUGCGCUGAGGCCGGCGGGAAGGGGCUCAUACCUGCAGUGUUCAUGGCUCAGCUUCUGGAGGCACAGGCGGCCACUGGGUUCCUGCUGGACCCCCACACACACCAGAGGCUCUCUGUGGAAGAGGCCUUGGCUGCUGGCCUGGUGGGCCAGGAUUUACAGGAGAGCCUCCUGAAUGCUGAGAAGGCUGCCAAGGGCUACACGGACCCAGCCACGGGAGACACGAUUCCACUGUUCCAGGCCAUGAAAAAGAAGUUGAUUGACAGGGAAACAGCACUGAGACUGCUGGAAGUGCAGGUGGCCACAGGGGGGGUCAUCGACCCACUUCACCACCACCGGCUCCCACUGGACACAGCCUACAAGCGAGGCUGCCUGCACGAGGACACAUACGUGCUCCUUGCUGAUCAGAAGCACAUGAAGAGAAGGUUUGUGGAUCCUAACACACAAGAGAAGGUCACAUACCGUCAGCUAUGGGACAGGUGCCAGCGGGAGGAGAAGACGGGCUGGGCCCUGUUCCCUGUGGUCAAGGACACAAAAGACUCCACGUAUAUUGAUGAGGUGACCAAGAGGGCGCUGGAGGCAGAGCAGGUGGAAAUAAUGGUAGGAAGGUACCGAGGCCAGAAGCGAUCGGUGUGGGAGCUGCUGAACUCGGAAUACGUGACCGAGGAGAAGAAACUAGAAUUGGUGAGGACAUACAAAAGAGACACUGCCUCUGCACUGGAAAAGGUAGUACAAGUUAUUUUUAAAAUGAUUCAAGAGCAAGAAAAGACUCGUAAACAAUUAUGGUUCAGAGGGAUUAGAAGACAAAUCACAGCACCGGAGCUCCUGGGCUCAGCCGUCAUCACAAGGGAAAUGCUGGAGGAACUAGAGAGAGGCAGCUGCACAGUGCAGCACGUAGAAGAAAAUGAAGCUGUAAAAAGGUACUUGCAGGGGACCGGCUGCAUCGCGGGAGUCCUGGUGCCCACCAAGGACGCUCCCGGCCGCCAGGAGAAGAUGAGCAUCUACCAGGCCAUGUGGAAGGGUCUGCUGCGGCCCGGCACGGCCCUGGUGCUGCUGGAGGCGCAGGCGGCCACCGGCUUCGUCAUCGACCCCACGGGCAAGCGCAGACUGUCCGUGGACGAGGCCGUGGCCGCGGGCGUGGUGGGCGGCGAGCUGCAGGAGAAGCUGCUGUCGGCCGAGCGUGCCGUCACGGGCUACACCGACCCCUACACUGGGGAGCAGAUCUCUCUCUUCCAGGCCAUGCAGCGGGACCUCAUCGUCCGGGACCACGGCAUCCGCCUGCUGGAGGCCCAGAUCGCCACUGGCGGCAUCAUCGACCCCGUGCACAGCCACCGCGUGCCCGUGGACGUGGCCUACCAGCGCGGCUACUUUGACGAGGAGAUGAACCGCGUGCUGGCGGACCCCAGCGAUGACACCAAGGGCUUCUUUGACCCCAACACACACGAGAACCUCACCUACCUGCAGCUGCUGCGCCGCUGCGUGCGCGACCCGGACUCCGGGCUCUACAUGCUGCAGCUGGCGGGCAGGGACUCCGCCGUGCACCAGAUGAGCCAGGAGCUGCGCGGCACCCUGCGUGACUUCCACGUGUCGCCCGGCUCGGGCGCCCUCCAGGGCCACAGUGUGUCCGUGUGGGAGCUCCUCUUCUACCGCGAGGUGUCCGAAAGCCUGCGCCAGGACCUGCUGCGCAGGUACCAGGCCGGCACGCUGAGUGUGCAGCAGAUGGCUGCCACCCUCACCUCGCAGCUGGCCCGGGCCGAGGACGGGGACCUGCACCGUGACCCUCAGGGUGCCCUGCGUGCAGCCACCAUGGAGGUCAGGGUGGGCCGCUUCCAGGGGCCCACAGUGCCCGUGUGGGAUGUGCUGGUGUCCAGCUACGUAAGGGGGGACACCCGGGAGGAGCUGCUGGCCCAGUUUGGCUCGGGGACGCUGGCCCUGCCCGCCCUGACCCGCAGGCUCACCACCAUCAUCGAGGAGGCUGAGGGGGUCCACGGGGCCCAGCCCGGGCUCAGGGACGCCUUGCACGGCCAGCGGGAGCCAGGGCCACCCGGGCGCGAGGAUGGCGGCUCGGGCCCCUCUGCAGGUGACGCCGAGGACCAGGCCAAUGUCCGUGGGCAGGAGGAAGCCCUGCGUGCGGCCACCAUGGAGGUGCACUCCGGCCAGUUCCAGGGGCAGCCGGUCUCCGUGUGGGACGUCCUCUUCUCCUCGUACCUGAGCAAGUCCCGCCGGGACGAGCUCCUGGCUUGGCACGCAGCCGGCACCCUGGGCCUGCCCGACCUGGUCGAGAUCCUCACCCAGGUCAUCGAGGAGACCGAGGAGCGGCUCAGGAAGGUGUCUUUCCGGGGCCUGCGGCGCCAGGUGUCCGCCUCUGAGCUGCGCACGUCGGGCAUCCUAGGCCCCGAGACCCUGCGGGACCUGGCCCAGGGCACUAAGACCCUGCAGGAGGUGACGGAGAUGGACUCGGUCAAGCGCUACCUGCAGGGGACCGGCUGUAUCGCGGGCGUCCUGGUGCCCGGCAAAGACACGCCCGGCCACCAGGAGAAGAUGAGCAUCUACCAGGCCAUGCGGAAGGGCCUGCUGCGGCCCGGCACGGCCCUGGUGCUGCUGGAGGCGCAGGCGGCCACCGGCUUCGUCAUCGACCCCACGGGCAAGCGCAGACUGUCCGUGGACGAGGCCGUGGCCGCGGGCGUGGUGGGCGGCGAGCUGCAGGAGAAGCUGCUGUCGGCCGAGCGUGCCGUCACGGGCUACACCGACCCCUACACUGGGGAGCAGAUCUCUCUCUUCCAGGCCAUGCAGCGGGACCUCAUCGUCCGGGACCACGACAUCCGCCUGCUGGAGGCCCAGAUCGCCACUGGCGGCGUCAUCGACCCCGUGCACAGCCACCGCGUGCCCGUGGACGUGGCCUACCAGCGCGGCUACUUUGACGAGGAGAUGAACCGCGUGCUGGCGGACCCCAGCGAUGACACCAAGGGCUUCUUUGACCCCAACACACACGAGAACCUCACCUACCUGCAGCUGCUGCGCCGCUGCGUGCGCGACCCGGACUCCGGGCUCUACAUGCUGCAGCUGGCGGGCAGGGACUCCGCCGUGCACCAGAUGAGCCAGGAGCUGCGCGGCACCCUGCGUGACUUCCACGUGUCGCCCGGCUCGGGCGCCCUCCAGGGCCACAGUGUGUCCGUGUGGGAGCUCCUCUUCUACCGCGAGGUGUCCGAAAGCCUGCGCCAGGACCUGCUGCGCAGGUACCAGGCCGGCACGCUGAGUGUGCAGCAGAUGGCUGCCACCCUCACCUCGCAGCUGGCCCGGGCCGAGGACGGGGACCUGCACCGUGACCCUCAGGGUGCCCUGCGUGCAGCCACCAUGGAGGUCAGGGUGGGCCGCUUCCAGGGGCCCACAGUGCCCGUGUGGGAUGUGCUGGUGUCCAGCUACGUAAGGGGGGACACCCGGGAGGAGCUGCUGGCCCAGUUUGGCUCGGGGACGCUGGCCCUGCCCGCCCUGACCCGCAGGCUCACCACCAUCAUCGAGGAGGCUGAGGGGGUCCACGGGGCCCAGCCCGGGCUCAGGGACGCCUUGCACGGCCAGCGGGAGCCAGGGCCACCCGGGCGCGAGGAUGGCGGCUCGGGCCCCUCUGCAGGUGACGCCGAGGACCAGGCCAAUGUCCGUGGGCAGGAGGAAGCCCUGCGUGCGGCCACCAUGGAGGUGCACUCCGGCCAGUUCCAGGGGCAGCCGGUCUCCGUGUGGGACGUCCUCUUCUCCUCGUACCUGAGCAAGUCCCGCCGGGACGAGCUCCUGGCUUGGCACGCAGCCGGCACCCUGGGCCUGCCCGACCUGGUCGAGAUCCUCACCCAGGUCAUCGAGGAGACCGAGGAGCGGCUCAGGAAGGUGUCUUUCCGGGGCCUGCGGCGCCAGGUGUCCGCCUCUGAGCUGCGCACGUCGGGCAUCCUAGGCCCCGAGACCCUGCGGGACCUGGCCCAGGGCACUAAGACCCUGCAGGAGGUGACGGAGAUGGACUCGGUCAAGCGCUACCUGCAGGGGACCGGCUGUAUCGCGGGCGUCCUGGUGCCCGGCAAAGACACGCCCGGCCACCAGGAGAAGAUGAGCAUCUACCAGGCCAUGCGGAAGGGCCUGCUGCGGCCCGGCACGGCCCUGGUGCUGCUGGAGGCGCAGGCGGCCACCGGCUUCGUCAUCGACCCCACGGGCAAGCGCAGACUGUCCGUGGACGAGGCCGUGGCCGCGGGCGUGGUGGGCGGCGAGCUGCAGGAGAAGCUGCUGUCGGCCGAGCGCGCCGUCACGGGCUACACCGACCCCUACACUGGGGAGCAGAUCUCCCUCUUCCAGGCCAUGCAGCGGGACCUCAUCGUCCGGGACCACGGCAUCCGCCUGCUGGAGGCCCAGAUCGCCACUGGCGGCAUCAUCGACCCCGUGCACAGCCACCGCGUGCCCGUGGACGUGGCCUACCAGCGCGGCUACUUUGACGAGGAGAUGAACCGCGUGCUGGCGGACCCCAGCGAUGACACCAAGGGCUUCUUUGACCCCAACACACACGAGAACCUCACCUACCUGCAGCUGCUGCGCCGCUGCGUGCGCGACCCGGACUCCGGGCUCUACAUGCUGCAGCUGGCGGGCAGGGACUCCGCCGUGCACCAGAUGAGCCAGGAGCUGCGCGGCACCCUGCGUGACUUCCACGUGUCGCCCGGCUCGGGCGCCCUCCAGGGCCACAGUGUGUCCGUGUGGGAGCUCCUCUUCUACCGCGAGGUGUCCGAAAGCCUGCGCCAGGACCUGCUGCGCAGGUACCAGGCCGGCAUGCUGAGUGUGCAGCAGAUGGCUGCCACCCUCACCUCGCAGCUGGCCCGGGCCGAGGACGGGGACCUGCACCGUGACCCUCAGGGUGCCCUGCGUGCAGCCACCAUGGAGGUCAGGGUGGGCCGCUUCCAGGGGCCCACAGUGCCCGUGUGGGAUGUGCUGGUGUCCAGCUACGUAAGGGGGGACACCCGGGAGGAGCUGCUGGCCCAGUUUGGCUCGGGGACGCUGGCCCUGCCCGCCCUGACCCGCAGGCUCACCACCAUCAUCGAGGAGGCUGAGGGGGUCCACGGGGCCCAGCCCGGGCUCAGGGAUGCCUUGCACGGCCAGCGGGAGCCAGGGCCACCCGGGCGCGAGGAUGGCGGCUCGGGCCCCUCUGCAGGUGACGCCGAGGACCAGGCCAAUGUCCGUGGGCAGGAGGAAGCCCUGCGUGCGGCCACCAUGGAGGUGCACUCCGGCCAGUUCCAGGGGCAGCCGGUCUCCGUGUGGGACGUCCUCUUCUCCUCGUACCUGAGCAAGUCCCGCCGGGACGAGCUCCUGGCUUGGCACGCAGCCGGCACCCUGGGCCUGCCCGACCUGGUCGAGAUCCUCACCCAGGUCAUCGAGGAGACCGAGGAGCGGCUCAGGAAGGUGUCUUUCCGGGGCCUGCGGCGCCAGGUGUCCGCCUCUGAGCUGCGCACGUCGGGCAUCCUAGGCCCCGAGACCCUGCGGGACCUGGCCCAGGGCACUAAGACCCUGCAGGAGGUGACGGAGAUGGACUCGGUCAAGCGCUACCUGCAGGGGACCGGCUGUAUCGCGGGCGUCCUGGUGCCCGGCAAAGACACGCCCGGCCACCAGGAGAAGAUGAGCAUCUACCAGGCCAUGCGGAAGGGCCUGCUGCGGCCCGGCACGGCCCUGGUGCUGCUGGAGGCGCAGGCGGCCACCGGCUUCGUCAUCGACCCCACGGGCAAGCGCAGACUGUCCGUGGACGAGGCCGUGGCCGCGGGCGUGGUGGGCGGCGAGCUGCAGGAGAAGCUGCUGUCGGCCGAGCGCGCCGUCACGGGCUACACCGACCCCUACACUGGGGAGCAGAUCUCCCUCUUCCAGGCCAUGCAGCGGGACCUCAUCGUCCGGGACCACGGCAUCCGCCUGCUGGAGGCCCAGAUCGCCACUGGCGGCGUCAUCGACCCCGUGCACAGCCACCGCGUGCCCGUGGACGUGGCCUACCAGCGCGGCUACUUUGACGAGGAGAUGAACCGCCUGCUGGCGGACCCCAGCGAUGACACCAAGGGCUUCUUUGACCCCAACACACACGAGAACCUCACCUACCUGCAGCUGCUGCAGAGGGCCACUCCUGAUCCUGAGACCGGGCUGUUAUUUCUCUCUGUGUCCAGGGGUUGA